CCUUCCUGAUCAGGCUUAAACGUCUGUCAACUUGUGAUCAGCAAAAGUCCUCACAGACCAAAAAACCGAAGAAGAAGAAAGAAGAAAAAUAUUACAGUAAUGGCUACCAAUGUAGAAGAAAAGCAGAACGAGGCCGGGAGGCACCAGGAGGUUGGCCACAAGAGCCUGUUGCAGAGUGAUGCUCUUUACCAGUAUAUAUUGGAGACCAGUGUCUACCCGAGAGAGCCUGAACCCAUGAAGGAGCUCAGAGAGGUCACAGCCAAGCAUCCAUGGAACAUCAUGACCACCUCAGCUGAUGAAGGGCAAUUCUUGAACAUGCUGAUCAAGCUCAUCAACGCCAAGAACACCAUGGAGAUCGGUGUCUACACUGGCUACUCCCUCCUCGCCACAGCCCUCGCUCUUCCGGAGGAUGGAAAGAUCUUGGCCAUGGACAUCAACAGAGAAAACUACGAGCUCGGCCUGCCCGUCAUCGAAAAAGCCGGUGUUUCCCACAAGAUCGACUUCAGAGAAGGCCCUGCUCUCCCAGUUCUUGACCUAAUGGUUGAAGAUGAAAAGAACCAUGGAGCUUAUGACUUCAUAUUCGUGGACGCCGACAAGGACAACUACCUAAAUUACCACAAGAGGCUGGUCGAGCUUGUGAAAGUCGGAGGAUUGAUCGGCUACGACAACACCCUCUGGAACGGCUCCGUCGUGGCGCCUCCUGAUGCUCCCCUCCGCAAGUACGUGAGGUACUAUAGGGACUUCGUAUUAGAGCUCAACAAGGCCCUUGCCGCCGACCCUCGGAUUGAGAUCUGCAUGCUUCCUGUUGGUGAUGGUAUCACUCUCUGCCGUCGAAUCAAAUGAUGAACCAAACCCCCGAAUACCGCUGUUUCACCGUUCGAUUGCUUUUAUUAUCUUUCUUGUUUUGAAUUUUUACUCGCAUCUGUAUUUUGUAAUGGACGGUGAGUGAUUGAUGAUGACCAUGUAUUUGUGGUUUUGAUUU